UCUUUCUCCCGCCGUUAAUAGACUCUCUAGAGUGUGAAGAGGGCCAAAACCGAAGAGAUAAGUCAUGGAGAGCUAUCCCCUCCUCGGAAAUCCGGUGGCCAUGGCCGGCGUACUGGACUACAAAGGCCGUCCGAUCACCAAAACAAGCUCCGGCCGGUGGGUUGCUGCAUCUUUCAUCCUAGCGAUAGAAAUGGCAGAAAGAGUGGCUUACAACGGCAUCGUGUUCAAUCUCAUAAGCUACAUGACAGGCCCUCUGGGCGAAUCCACUGUCGCUGCCGCCUCUGCUGUCUCCGUCUGGAGCGGCGUCACACUUUUACUUCCCAUCCUCGGAGCUCUUGUCGCCGACUCCUUCCUCUCCCGCUACCGCACCAUCGUCAUUUCCUCUUUCCUCUACGUCUUGGGUCUUGGCUUGCUUUCGCUGUCUGCCGUGCUGCCAAAUCUCACUACUUUCAAGUCGGUCUUGUUCUACUUUUCUUUAUAUCUUGUGGCGAUUGCAGAGGGCGGCCAUAGGCCAUGUGUUCAAGCUUUUGGAGCGGACCAGUUCGAUGAGACGGACGAAUCGGAGUGUAAAUGGAGGAGUUCUUUCUUCAAUUGGUGGAUAUUUGGAUUAGCUGUUGCCUUGACUGCAUCUCCCAUCGUUCUGAGCUAUAUACAGGAUAAUGUUAAUUGGGCUCUUGGCUUCGGAAUUCCUUGUAUUCUGUUGGGUUCUGCUCUUAUAGUUUUCUUGACGGGUUCAAGAUUCUAUCGCUGUUACACGUUGAAAGAGACGAGCCCUUAUGGUCAAGUUAGUCGUGCUUUUGUCAAUUUAGUCAAGAGAAAAUUAUUUUCUGAUGCUAAAUCUGAAGCUGAAGCACUCGUCAAUAACUACCCAGUUUCACCCACUCAGCCAAAACUUCAACGAGGUGGAGAAGAUCUAAUGACUGAACAAAUGGAAUCAGAAACUAAGAGCCUGCUUCAUUUAUUUCCGAUUUGGGCAACAUGUUUAUUCUAUUCAAUCAUCAACUGUCAGUGGGAAACCUUCUUCACCAAACAAGGAGCCACACUAGACAGAAAUAUUAUUUCGAACUUCCAAAUUCCAGCAGCAGGGCUACAGAGCCUCUCCAAUCUCUCUGUAACAAUCCUCAUUGUAUUCUAUGAUCGCCUCGCUGUUCCCCUAACUCGAAACAUUACAGGAAUUCCUUCAGGCAUCUCAAUGCUUCAACGCAUUGGCAUUGGAUUGCUUCUUUCUGUUUUUGUAAUGGUUAUCUCAGCGUUAGUAGAGAUGAAAAGGCUUGAAACUGCUAUUGAAUUUGACUUGGUGGAUAAGCCAAACUCAGUGCUUCCUAUGAGCAUAUUAUGGUUAUUUCCUCAAUAUAUUUUGAUGGGUCUUUCAUCUGUUUUUGCCACAGUUGGCUUGCAAGAGUUCUUCUAUGACCAGGUGCCUGAUUCGUUGAGGAGCUUUGGGAUAGCUAUUUGUCUCAGCAUAUUUGGUAUUGGGAGUCUCAUCAAUAGUUUUCUGAUUUAUGUGACAGAUAAAGUGACAACAAGGAUUGGUGGGGAGAGCUGGUUUUCUAAUAAUUUGAACAGGGCUCAUUUGGAUUAUUUCUACUGGCUUAUUGCUUGCAUGGAGUUUUGUUCGUUUGUUGCUUUUGUUCGCUAUGGGAGAUGUUAUGUGUAUAAGACAAGGAGAGAGAUUGGUGUUUGAUUUUGAGGUUUUGAAGAUGACUUAUAAUAAUGAAGAAUAAGGCAAUAUUUGCACUGUACAGAUACUUGAAAUAAUUGAU